UGUGUGUGUGGUUCGAUAAGGGUUUGCCGCCCUUCCCUUCUUAAUAGUCUGUAGACCAUACUACACUAAUAACCUUUGCACUUGUUUCCUUCUCACAUGGGUCUUUGAAUGUUUCUUAAGUGGUGGGAACGUCUGGUUAAGGGUUACCUUGUUGAUUAGGAAUUGUGUGCAAUUGCGUACGAUGCAUGAGUUGGCAUUUCAUCUAUCAUACUUCUUUAUCUCAGUGUCGGUUUUACGGUUUCGUUUUUGCGAUAUAACGUACUGUUCAUAAGUUCAGUUGUAUGUACAACCAUUGCGACAGUGUGUGAUAUUUUCUGGUGCUUUUUGGGACACAAACAAAACAAUGAGAAACGUCGAUCGUGUGAAUGUGAAGGUUCACCAAGGUACGGUGAGUGGCGUGAAGGAAAAGCUUCCGAACGGAAACACUUUUUGUGCCUUUCGGGGCAUUCCGUACGCAAAGCCUCCGGUAGGUGAAUUGCGUUUCCGAGCGCCACAACCGCUAGAACGAUUCCCUUACCCGGUGUUGGACUGUAGCGUUGAGCGCGAUGUUUGCUUUAGUAGAAACAUGUUCACCCAGGAGCUGGAAGGAUCGGAAAAUUGUCUUCAUUUGAAUGUGUACACGCCAGCCAUGGACAAGCGAGACAAACCAUUGCCUGUGAUGGUGUUCAUCCAUGGUGGAGCGUUCCUGUUCGGCAGUGGGAAUGGUGAUUGCUAUUCGCCCGAAUAUUUGCUGCAAGAGGAUGUGAUUGUGGUGACGCUAAAUUAUCGUCUCGGGUCGCUUGGUUUCCUGCAUCUGCCAAGCCAAGGAAUCGAAGGGAACGCCGGCCUGAAGGAUCAGCUGCUGGUACUACGCUGGGUGCAACAGAACAUAGCACACUUCCGCGGUGAUCCGAACAAUGUGACACUGUUUGGUGAAAGUGCCGGCGCUGCAUCCGUCCAUCUGCAUAUGCUAUCGCCCGUAUCACAAAAGUACUUCCACAAAGCGAUCUGUCAGAGUGGUAUUUCGACCAUGGAAUGGGUUAUGCAGCAUGAUUCAGUGAAUCGCACAAGAUCGCUUGCCCGACAUAUCAAUGCCGAUGCAAAAACGGAUGAGGAGGUGUACCAAACGCUGCUGCAAGCGGACAAAGCCGAACUGAUGGGACUGAUGAUUCAUACGCUUUCUGCUGAUGAGAAACGGCGCGGUCUGCCCAUGCCAUUCAAACCCGUGGUGGAAGAAGGACAGCACGAUGCUAACACGGUCGUGCCGGUACACCCGUUUGUUGCAAUGCAACAGCAAGACCGUGCGUCUUCCAUUCCGAUCAUUUUUGGCAAUAACGAUCGCGAAGGUACCAUCAUGAUGAUGGACGCAAUUAAAAAGCUGGACCUGUACGAUAACGACAUGGCACGAAUGAUUCCGCGCACGGUUAACGUCGCACCGGGUAGUGCCGCUUGCGAAGAACUGGCCAAAGAGGUGAAACAAUUUUACUGCGGUGCGCAAGGUGUCACGAAGGAAACCGUUAAUCAGCUGGCCGAUUUAAUGACGGAUUAUCACUUUGGCAUACUGGCGAACACGUGCGCGGAACUACACGCACGCUAUCAGCCGAACUCUCCUAUGUUUUACUACCAGUUCAGCUACGACGGUGAGCUGAACAUGUACAAAAAGUUGCUUCAACUAACCAUUCCCGGCGCUUGCCAUGCGGACGAGCUGUCGUAUCUGUUCUUGAUGAGACUGGCCAACUAUGACGUGAAGCCGGACACGGAAGCGGGACGCGUGCGUCAGCUGAUGUGUCGGCUGUGGACCAACUUUGCAAAGUGUGGACAUCCGACACCGGCUGACGAUCGGAGCGUUCCGUGCCGAUGGGAACCGGUUGAUAAGGUUGCCCCGAGUACGGCCAACACACCGUUUCAGCUGAAGUGUUUAGAUAUUGCUGCUGAACCGAAGAUGAUGAUGAACCCGGCCAAGGAACGUAUCGACUUCUGGCGAAGUGUCUAUAAGCGAUGGAAUGAAGAUUUUCUCAAAGUAAAGCUGUAGGGCAGGCACCUUAAGGAAGCAUACUUCCGCGAAUAAGCGAUUCACAAACGGAAGCGGGAUUAUAUAUUUGUUUGUUUUUUGUUUUUAAUAAACUGACCGAAGUUUUCCAUUCAAGUAUUCGCAGAAAAUCAACGGAAUGAUUAAA